AUGUCGCGUCGCAAAGUUGGCUUCUGGCUCAGUGACAAGAAACGCAGGAAGAUGAAUUUGGAUGCCUUUGCGGAGCUCUGUGCGGAUCACGGAGUGGAGGUGGUGGAGCUCGAUCUUACUCAGCCACUUGGCCCCCAAGGACCCUUCGAUGUCAUCGUUCACAAGCUCUCUGACGUCAUCGUCGAGGCAGAGCAUGACAGCCGAUCGAGGCAGCUCCUGGUCAACUUCCAGAGUUAUGUGUCAGCUCACAGCAGUACAGUUCUUCUGGAUCCUCUGCCUGCCAUGACCCAAAUUCUAGAUCGCUUUGCCUCUUACCGGAUCAUGAGCACGCUGCACAAUUCACUCCGAGACUGGCACAUUUGCAGCCCUCCUUACCUUGAGGUCCACAGUGUCGGCGACAUGCCUUCCAUUCAGCAGAAAGUGACGACUCAGAACCUGAGCUUCCCUCUCAUUUGUAAAACAAGAGUGGCACACGGUUCUCUUUCCCAUGAGAUGUCGCUGAUCUUCAGUGCGGCAAGUCUGGUGGAGAUCCAACCUCCGUGCGUCCUCCAGAGUUUUGUCAAUCAUGGGGCUGUUUUGCACAAGGUGUUUGUGGUCGGAGAACGACAUUUCUGUGUGGAGAGGCCCUCACUCAAGAAUUUCCCGACCGGGCCUUGCGACAGAAAGACCAUCUUCUUCAACAGUCAGCAAGUGUCCAAACCAGAAUCAAGCUCUGACCUUACUGCUCUGGAUGAGCAAAUGCCCUGCCUGCCGCCACCCAGCACGGAGGCUGUGGCCGCCUUGGUCCGAGAGCUGCGCCUUCAGCUCGGUAUGGCCCUGUUUGGUGUGGAUCUCAUCAUCAAUAUACAUACGUACACCCUCACCGUCAUCGACAUCAACAUUUUUCCAGGUUACGAAGGCGUGCCGCAGUUUUUCUCUUCUCUGCUCAGCCACAUUGAGUCAGUGCUGGAUGCACAAGCUUCUUCUGUAGCCUCUCCUGAGAAAACUAAAUACAAAGAGGCGACCUUGACCGUGGAAAGUGGGCCCUGA